AACACCUGACGCCCGGUGCUAGCGAAUGCGGCAAGCUUGGCCUGCGCCACCGAGCCCUCGUACUCGCCAGCACUUCGCCAAUACACUUGGCACUGUAUAGAAGGGACAUUUAACAGUCUACAUAAGAACAGCGUGGAAAUUGAAGCCUGUAAUAAACUAAAGACGAGUGUAUCUAUCAGUAUUGCUUUGACGUAACACCAUUCACGUCUACCACAGCUGAGACCGACAUUUCUCCAUCUUUUGAGAAGCCGCCUUCACAAUCCGGCCAGGAACACCAAGCUGAAUCUAUUGCAGCGGGUACCACUGCAAUGGCCAGCAAAAAGAGAUGGACAACCCAUGCGCGACGAUGGAAGUUUCUUCUACUGUUGCUACCAGGGUUCUAUACCGCGAGUAUGGAUCUGACUGUGGUCGCAACAGCCCAGCCAUUCAUCGCAUCUCAUUUCCAAGCUUUAAACCAAAUAAGCUGGAUCGGCACAGCUUUCACGCUCACAGACACUGCAUUCGUCCCCUUAUUCGGUCAACUAGCAGAUGUCUUCGGACGGUACGCAGCUCUGCAGAUGGCCGUUAUAAUUAUGACUUUGGGGGGCAUCCUCUGCGCAAGCGCACCGAUUUGGUCAAUAUUAGUACUAGGUCGAGCACUCCAAGGCGUGGGUACAGCGGGCAUGUCUACGUGCUCCCUCAUCAUCCUCGCGGACAAUGUUUCCUUGAAGGAGCAAGCGUUUAAUACCAGUAUCUUUCACUUCUUGAUUGGCAUCGCGUACGCAACAGGGCCUUUGAUCGGAGGCUACAUGACGAAUGUGCAUUGGCGAUGGGUGUUUGUGCUCUUGUCUGCGUUGAGCGCAACAAGCAUCGUCACGAUUGCGUUUCUGCGACCUGAUCUGAAGAAGGGAACGUUCGUCGUUGGAGUGGCGCUGAUCAUACUCGCGACCAGUUGGGGUGGCUCAGCUCAUGCUUGGGGGUCACCAGCCGUUCUGGUACCGCUUAUCACCGGCCCGUUGUUGCUUGUCUUGUUGGUGGUGUACCAACGAUAUAUGGCGCCAGGCCGAUCCCUCGCGCAACGUCUUCCGCGAAUCAUGCCUGUGGUGCCAUACCAACUCUUCCAUGAGAAGGAUGUAACACUUGUCUGUAUCAUCUCCGCAGCGACAGGUGCAGCUCUUUAUGCCUGCUUCUACUUCGCCGGUAUCUACUUCACCCUAGUCGAGGGGUUUGAUGCUGGGAAAGCCGGGCUCCAACUGUUGUUCUACGUUCCCGGGAUCGGUGUUGGCGUCUACACUGCGAUUGUCAUGUGCAACGUAUACCCUCGGCAGACUAUCUGGCCCCUACUGAUCGGCACAAUCGUAGAGACAGGUAGCAUUGGAGCACUAUCAUGGGCUAUGAGCGCCCGCCAGAGGACCGCUGUCAACGUGCUCAUGGGCGUCGCCGGGUUCGGUACUGGUAUUCGCUUCAUGCCAGAGAACCUACACCUGACAGGAAUGUACCGAGACAAGAUCGCCGUCAUUCUUGGCCUUUUGAGCUUCGCUGGCCCUUUCGGUGGAACCAUAGCUUUGACUGUGAUGGGCUCAGUCUUCCAGAACAAGAUGUUGGUCUACUUCAUCGGCAGCGAAGAGUCAUCUAGAUUCGACGUUAGCUCACCUACUGCAUUGGAUGCUAUCAACGACCUCUCGUUGGAAGAUCUGGAACGCUUCCAAUCUGCUGCCGCCAAUGCUAUCAGCUGGUCGUUCAUCUCCAUUUUGCCGUUCCUGACCGCCAGCAUACUUGCUGCGUUAAUGCUCGGCAACGUCUGGAUCUGUAAAGACAAGAAAGAGAAGAAGGCGACAUCUACCAGCGACUUGGCAGUGAACCCGGACGUAGCGCUGCAAGAUCAAACACAGAGUGUGCAGCGAGAUGGAAGGCCCGUGGUACUGACUGGAAUUUACCUUUACGCAGUAUCGCGAGGAACAGUAGCUUCACAGCGACACUUGGGCCCGCUGGAGGUGCAGUUAGAUCGUCAUGGAGAGAAGACAAACCACCAGGAGAGUGCUUCGCUGUGAUGUCAUGAUAUCAUUCCAUUUAUGGUUAGACAGCACCCACGGGCCAAAUGCCCCUAUCAAUACAUCGUGACGAAGUGGCUGGACUCCCAGCCAUCCGUAUUCCCACUGCAG